UGCGUUCAAUUCCAUUAUCGUGUUUUAUGUGUUUAUCACAUAAAUUAACUGAAAUCUAGAUUGUUUUUAAAAUGUACGAGAGUGGAGUAAAUUUAGAAGAACCUGUUAACUACAAUUUGUUAUUUUGCCACGCUUGUCUUAGCUCUAAUAGAACUUUAACUCCGGUUGGAGACUACAUCAACAUUUAUCUCAAAAUUUGCGAUAAUUCACGAAUGAACUUGACUUCACAAGUAAAUGUCUGCUGGGAGUGCCUGGCACUGCUCAAGAAGGUGCAGGCCUUCAGGAGGAAGGUUGAGAAUGCGCAGAAGAUUCUGGACAACUGUGUCAACCAACAAACUCCACUAGAAGACAAUCUCUCCAACCUAACUCUCUCAAGCAUCGAGACAACCACAUUUGACUUCCCAGUUAUAGAUGAGGAUGAUAAUUAUGAAAACUACCUAGAGAAUUACAUUAAAACAGAAUACAGUGACUUGGACAAAAGCACAAGAACGGAAGACUUGUACACAGACAAAUCGGAUUUGAGGCAUGAGGACUCGUAUAAUGAACUAAUGUUUAAAAUAGAGGAUGUUAGAGGCCAGUGUGACAUACUACAUGUGCCUAUUUUGGAUUUGACAGCGAGUUCGGCCGAGGUCAAAGUUAAAAUAGAACACCUGGAUUCCCCGGAAGGUGAGGAAGCGAGGCAGCACCGCCGGUGGCAGCGCUCCGCCAUGCUGGUUUAUAAGAGGAUAUGCAGUCACCGCUACGCGCAGCACUUCCAGCGGCCCGUGACGGACGACCUGGCGCCGCUCUACAGCCGCAUCGUGCGCCGCCCCGCAGACCUCUCCACCAUCAGGAGGCGGAUCAAAGAUGGCGUCAUCAGAACGACGGCGGAGUUCACACGCGCGUUGCUGUUGAUGUUUUCCAACGCACUGAUGUACAAUAGCAGCCACCACUUCAUCUACCAAAUGACGCUAGAAUUUCGCGAGGAGACGCUCCGCGAGUUGUCGUUAAUGACGUCAGCGGAAGAGGGGGCGGGCGCGGAGUGCCCUCUGGCGCGGCUGCUGCGCCGCCCCGCCCCCGCGGCGCCGGCCCCGCCCACUGCGCCGCCGGCCCCGCCCACCGCGCCAGCGCCACGCCCCAAGCACGUGCCCCCGAGGCGGAGAGCUUCUGUGCUAGAUCGACCACAACACGACCAUAUUAAGCCACCUGCGGCGCCGCGCGCCCGCCGGGCCUCCGUGUACGAACCAGCGGACCCCAGGCCGACGGAACCCCGAAAACGAACCAAAUGGGACUGGCCCAGCCUAGAAGACGAAUAUCUAAUAGCUAAGAAAUACAAAAAUAGUGUUGCCGUGUUACUAUAG